AUGGCUCGACCUUCAUCAGACUUGGAGUCUGCUCCCCGGCGCCUUGAAGCCCCCAAGCAAUCUAUCUGGCAGUCUAUCUAUGACAACCCUAAAGUCAUUGCCAUUGCCUUCUUUGCCUCAUUCGGUGGUUUCGAAUAUGGCUACCAACAAGGUGUUCUCGGCCAGUCUCUGGUCAUGCACCGUUUCAUGGAGAACUUCCCCACAGUAGUUGCCUCAUCCACAUCAACAGGUUGGUUGACCUCCAUUCUGCAAUUGGGUGGUGUGGUUGGCUCUCUGUCUGCCGGUGUCUUGGGCGAGAUCUACUCGCGCAAGUACACUAUGUUCUUCGCCUGCUGCUGGGCCAUUCUCGGCAGUUAUCUGUACAUCGGCGCCACAUCCGGUAACCCCGCUCUUCUGUACGCUGGUCGAUUCUUCACUGGUAUCGGUGUCGGUCUGUUCAGUGGUGUAGGUCCUCUUUACAACGCCGAAUUGGCUGCGCCCGAGAUGCGUGGUCUGCUCGUCUCGUUCUACCAGUUCGCUACUAUUCUCGGUAUCAUGAUUUCCUUCUGGGUUGGCUACGGCUGCAACAACAUUGGCGGCACUGGUGACGGCCAGAGCGAUCUUGCCUGGCGUUUGCCUUCCAUCAUUCAGGGUAUCCCUGCUGUUGUGCUGGCUUGCGGAAUCUGGUUCAUGCCUUUCUCCCCCCGCUGGCUGGUUAAGCAGGGUCGUGAUCAGGAGGCCCUGGAUACUAUUGCUUGGAUGCGCAAGCUCACCACUGACGAUGACCUCGUUCAGAUGGAGUACCUCGAGAUCAAGGCCGAAGCUGUCUUUGAGCAGCGCGCGUUUGCUAUUGCUUCCCCUAAGCUCGCCGACAAGGAGAAGAGCAGUGUUUUCAUGAACCAGAUCGCUCAGUACGCCAACUGCUUCCGCACUAUGGAUAACUUCAAGCGUGUCUGCAUUGCCUGGACCAUUAUGUUCUUCCAGCAGUGGAGUGGUGUUGAUGCUAUUAUUUACUACGCCUCCAACGUCUUCGUCAGUCUUGGUCUGACCGGUGGUACCAUUGCUCUGUUGGCCACCGGUGUGACCGGCGUCGUCUUCCUGAUCAGUACCAUCCCCGGAAUGUUGGUCAUUGACAAACUCGGCCGCAAGCCCAUGCUUCUCGGCGGAUCUCUCCUCAUGUUGGUCAGCAUGGUCAUUGUCGGUGUCAUUGUUGCCAACUUCCAACACGACUGGCCUAGUCACGUCGCAGCUGGCUGGACCGCAGUUGCUCUCAUCUGGCUGUAUAUCGCAGGCUUCGGUGCCACCUGGGGCCCCGUCUCAUGGACUCUCGUUUCCGAGAUCUUCCCCCUCUCCAUCCGUGCCAAGGGUGCCUCCAUCGGCGCCUUCAGUAACUGGAUCAACAACUUCGCCAUCGCCUUCUUCGUCCCUCCCAUGCUCGAGGACUGGGAGUGGGGUACCUACAUCUUCUUCGCUGGCUUCCUUGCCGUCGGCAUGGUCUGGGUGUGGUUCUUCCUGCCCGAGACCAAGGGCGCCUCCCUUGAGGACAUGGACCGUGUCUUCAAGAGUAAGGCUGGCGAGCAGGACGCUGAGCUCCUCCGUGAGGCUCAGCGCGAUGUUGGUCUGACUGCUUUCCUUGAGCGUAUGAAUUCUACCAGUGGUAGUGAUACUGAGAAGCACGAAACUUCGCAGUAUAUUGAGAAGCUUUGA